AUAGAGAUAAAAAGUGAAAGAGAGAGAGGGAAAUAGCUCCAUAAAUAGCCCCCCGUUGAUCUCUUUCUCUUUCUUGUUUCAUUUGUUUUGAAAGAUGCCUAGGGGGACGUUGGAAGUGUUGCUGGUCAGUGCCAAAGGCCUCGAGAACACGGAUUUCUUGUGUAACAUGGAUCCUUAUGCAAUCAUCACAUGCCGAACUCAGGAGCAAAAGAGCAGUGUUGCAUCAGGCAAAGGGACAGAACCCGAAUGGAAUGAGAACUUUGUGUUCAGUAUUUCCGAUGGUGUUUCUGAACUGAAUAUCAAGAUUAUGGACAGUGAUGGCGCCACUGCAGAUGACUUUGUUGGAGAAGUAAGCAUUCCUUUGGAGCCUCUGUUUAUGGAAGGGAACCUCCCUCCAACAGCUUAUAAUGUUGUUUCCUCGGAUCAAACCUAUUGUGGGGAGAUCAGGGUUGGCCUCACCUUCACUCCUGAGGAGACAAGUUAUGCCGAUCGUGACUUCGAGGCUGAGAAUUUCGGCGGAUGGAAGGAAUCUGGUUAAAAGGUCACUCUUUGACUGUGAAAAAUUGAAGUUUGAAACCUAUCUCAUGCUUCUACGUAUUUCUGAUGUGUGCCUCUUGUUUCUGAAAAAUGAAAAUAUGAGACAUGUAUAACACUUAAUUGGAGCAUUUUGAUCCCCUUCCAAUCCAGACUGGUUCCUUAAUUUUUGAUA